AUGACAACCAACUCAUACGGAUCCGCCCUUCCCACCUUCGACUUCCCCCAGACCGUCGCCAAGGCGGCGCGGUCCGCACCCAGAAGGAUGCCCAUGGCCGCAAGAUUAGUACCCCUUGCCGCAGCAGCAGGACUCGCAUACUACGUCGGAGCCCAACUCUCGGCGCAGCGCGACGCGAGGUACGCCGAGACGGUCUCCAUGAUGAAGGCCCUGGAGAGCGCCUAUGGCGACCGCUCGAGCCUGCAGGACCUGGAGGCCGCUUCGCAGGCUUAUAGUGCCACCUCGGCUACUCGGUAUACGGCGACGGACGCCGGCCGGUGA